CAGAGCGCUCCCAGCCGGCGCAGCUGAGCAUCCGCAAACGAGCGCAAGUCCACCUCGCACUCCCGCGGCACUCGGACUCCGGGGAUCCGCUGCGCCGGCAGCCUAGCGCCGGGCAGCUCAGCUCCGCUCUCCGUCCGGGGCGCUGCGCUCAGCUGCGAGCGCCUACCACCAGCCCGGAGCCCGGCACGCCAUCCCUCUCCGCAGUCCUUGCACCCUUGUCCUCCUGCGUGGGCCCCAGGGUCCCCCAGCAUCAUGCACGUCUCCCAACUGCUGGCCUGGACGCUGCUGCUGACGCUCCUCUCCCUUCGACCCGAGGCCAAGCCAGCCGCGCCGCAGAAGCCCCCACGGACCCCGCCUGGAGAGGAGCCGGCGGGGGUCCUGGCCGCAGCCGGCGGGGACAAGAAGGGAGACAAGGCGCCGGGGGGCGGCGGCGGCGGCGGCGGCGGGGCCAAUGCCAAGGGCUCCAACGCUCGGCUACUGCGCGACCUACGCGUGGACACUCGCUCGAGGGCGGCUUGGGCGCGCCUGCUGCAUGACUACCCCAACGCGCGCAAGUACCGAGGCGUCAACAAGAAGGGCUUGUCCAAGGGGUGCUUCGGCCUCAAGCUGGACCGCAUCGGUUCCAUGAGCGGCCUGGGAUGUUAAGGCGGCGACCCCUGGCGGCGGAGCAGUCAGCCACUGGCACGGCUCAAUGAAAGGAAGCAUCUUUGGUCACCUGCCCUGAAACAUCUGGAAACACCUCCAACAACUGUGGCUUUUACAUUUCUUUGGGGUUUUGUUUCUGGUAUGGGGAGGUACCACCAACUCUUUGAUUAUUGUUUGGGGAGGGGCGCUCUUAUUGUCCUUGAGUUCUUGUUGUUGUUGUUGUUGUUUUUCAAAAUUCAAAAUAAAAGUUAUAUAUUAUAUAUUAUAUAUAUAUUAUAUACAUGAAAUACCCCCCACACCCUGACCCCCACUCUAUGGAGACACGAAGACAAGAAAUAGUUUUUCCGACACUGACGAGGCCAUCAAUAUAUCGAACCUUGCUGUUUGUAAAUUCAUGUCAUGCAUAAAUGUAUUUAUGUUGUAAAGCUAUUUAUAUUGUUUAUAAAGAGAUAUUUAUAAAAAUUUUAUUUAUGUAACUAAAUGAAGGGAGUCCAUCAUUGUAAUGUACUUGUCCUCAAUAGUUGGAAAAUGUAAAAAACAUCUCAUGAAUAUCUGGACAGCUGUCUUUAUUUAUUCAACCUAUGUGUUUCUUUUGGAAGGACAGAAUGGUCCAUGGGUUCUUGAUCUUUAGUUUUAUCAAUGUCCUUAUUUUUUUUAAUGUCUCCAUCAUUUUCUGCUAGACUGUGGUAUGGUACAAAGAGGGCUAGGUGUGAUGGCCUCCCCAGGUCAUUGAAAUCCUGGUUCUUCUGUCUUACCUAUAUGACCUUAGGUAAGUCCUUGAAUCUCUGUGGGCCUCAGUUUCCCUCAUCUGUAAAAUGAGAGGGAAGGGGUUGAACUAGAUCACCUCUGAAGUAGAAUGUAAACUCCUUGAGGGCAGGAACUAUUUGAUUGCUGUUUUUUGUAUCUCCUGCACUAAGCUCAAUG